AUGGAUCUGCAAAACCUGGCCAACAAUGGCGUCAAUGGGAACCUGACAUUUAUACCCCCACAACUGAAUCUCCACGCGCGAGAUUUCAGGGGCGUUUUCGGUACGGAAUUCGCUCGCGACAAGCGGGAAAGUGAAGAAAUCAAAGGACGAAAAAUUGGGCGCGCAAAACUAUGUUCCAGAGGCCAUUGGAGGCCACACGAGGAUGCCAAGCUUACAGAGCUCGUCGCCAAAUUUGGCCCUCAGAAUUGGAAUCUCAUCGCCGAUAAACUCCAUGGACGAUCAGGGAAAAGUUGCAGGCUCAGGUGGUUCAACCAAUUGGAUCCGAAAAUCAACCGGCGGCCGUUCGGCGAGGAGGAGGAGGAGAGGCUCCUGGCGGCGCACGAACUCUACGGCAACAAGUGGGCGCUGAUCGCGAGGCUGUUCCCGGGGCGGACGGACAACGCCGUUAAGAACCACUACCACGUCGUCACGGCGAGGAGGCGCCGGGAAUCCGGCUGCGUGCGGCGGAGAUUGGUGGGAAGGAGGGGAUUUUGUUCGUUUUCCGGCGCGGCGGAGGUCGGGAACGCCUGCAGCGAAUCGACAGCAACGGUUUCAAGCGUCAGUUAUGGAUGUCCCGCUGCUGUCUCUGCCGGCACGGAGCUUUCUCUCUCUAUGUCGCCGCCGUCUGUUGUUGACGGCGCGUAUCAGGGGAAUUUCGUGGGUUGUGAGACUGGAGAGAAGGGUAUGAUGAUUGAUAUGGGAAGAUGUGAGAUCAAAAUCCAAGGCAAUAUUAACAACAUGCAUGAAAAGGAAACUGAGUGUAAUGCUCUAAAUGCAGUGGCUCAUCAUCAUCAACAACAACAGCAGCAGCAAAAAUCAGAUUCAAACUCUGAAAAUUCUGCAACAUGUGAGCCAUCAUUAGGCAACAUCAACAGGUCCAAUUAUCUCUACAUGUGUGGGGGGAAAAAGAAGAAGAAAGCUAAAAUUACAUUUAUUGAUUUUCUUGGUGUGGGGGCCACAUGA